CCCCCGAAGAUGAAUACUACCGCCGCGAGCCUCCUCAACUGUUCCUCGGCGAGCUCCAAUCUCAGAAUUCCGAUCUACAGCGCGAGUUGGGCAAUCUUAAGAAAGAGCUUGAACUGACCAACCAAAAACUGGGUUCCAGCAUGCAUAGCAUAAAAACCUUCUGGAGCCCAGAGUUGAAGAAAGAGCGAGCAUUGCGUAAAGAGGAAAGCGCUAAAUACAGCCUUAUAAACGACCAACUGAAGUUACUCAACCAAGAAAACCAGAAACAAGCAAUGCUCGUACGUCAGUUGGAAGAGGAGCUGCGUCUGCGCAUGAGACAACCGGCACCAGAAUUGCAGCAACAGCUGGAAGCGCUCUACGCCGAAAAUGAACAUCUGCAGAGAGAAAUAGCUAUACUAAGGGAUACUAUAAAGGAAUUGGAGCUGAGGAUAGAGACUCAAAAGCAAACGUUGCAGGCCAGAGAUGAGAGCAUCAAGAAACUAUUGGAAAUGCUACAGAAUAAAGGGAUGGGCAAGGAGGAGGAAAGGCAAAUGUUUCAGCAAAUGCAAGCAAUGGCGCAAAAACAGGAGCUCAAGUCGACGGCGGAAACGCUGCGGGCGCUUCAGAUGCAGCUGGAGCGCGCGCUGUCUGCGGCAGGGCUGCCCGGGGGCUCGACGGGCGCCACGCUCACGGCAGUGCUCGAGACCAAGGAGGCGCGCAUCGCUACGCUGGAGCGGCAAGUCGCGCUACUCGAGAGCGAGUUAUCCAACUACGCGUCGCUUUCGCUCGCGCCCUCACACGCCUCGCUUUACGAUAGAGCCGAGCCCUUCAAGCGACAAUUGGAUGAAUUUCGGCUGGAGAUUCAAAGACGAGAUCAGGAGAUUUUGGCGAUGGCAGCAAAGAUGAAGGCAUUGGAAGAACAGCAUCAAGAUUAUCAGCGCCAUAUUGCCGUCCUUAAGGAAUCGUUGUGUGCUAAGGAAGAGCAUUACAGCAUGCUGCAAACUGAUGUUGAAGAACUAAAGGCAAGAUUGGAUGAGAAGAGCAGGCUCGUGGAGAAGAAGACAGCGUCAGCUUUAGCAGUGGCACAUGAACUAUCGGAACUAAGAGACCAUUCGGAGAUCAAAGAUAGAAAGAUAAACGUAUUGCAGAGGAAGAUUGAAAACCUUGAAGACUUGCUCAAAGAAAAGGAUAAUCAAGUUGAUAUGGCAAGAGCAAGAUUGAAUGCAAUGCAAGCACAUCACUGCUCUUCUGAAGGUGCCCUGUCAUCUUUAGAAGAAGUUAUUGGUGACAAAGAAAAGCAAAUCCAACAACUAAGAGAGCAGAGAGACAGAGCUGAACAUGAAAAGAACGAAGAGAGAGAACUUCAUGAGAGAGAGAUAGCAGAUUACAAAAUGAAACUUCACGCACUUGAGAGUGAAGUAGAAAAGUUGGGUGCAAGACUUGAAAGAGCUCAAGCAGAGAAAGAUAGGCUUGAAGCUAAGUUAGAAAGCUCGCAGUCAGAAUUAGGGAAAUCCAAAGCAGAGUUAGACAAGGCUGCUAGUGAAGUCGGUAGAUCAGGGGCUGAUUGGGAAGCUGCUAAACAACGUCUGGCUAGAUUAGAACUUGAAAACGAAAGACUUAAACAUGAACUUGAAAGAUCGCAAACAACGUUUGGACGAAGUACGCUUACUACUUCACAGGAAUUAGACAGAGUUCAAGAAAAGGCAGACAAGAAUGCUGCAGAAUUAAGAAGGACUCAGGCAGAGCUUAGAGUCACUCAGGCUGAUGCAGAGAGAGCUCAUUCUGAGGCUAGUGCAUUGCAAGAAAAGUUAGAGAAAUCGCAAGGAGAAGUUUAUCGUCUGAAAGCCAAACUCGAAAAUGCACAAACUGAACAGGAUAGCUUGAAGGAAGAAUAUGAUAGGUUACAAUCAUCUAUAAAUCGCCUGCAUUCUGAACGCGACAAAGCAACAGCUGAGUUGGACAAGGCUCGUGAAGAGCUGGAGAGGACACAGGCCACGCUAGGCAAGGCUCAACUGCAGCAGGACAAGUUGCAAGCGGCAUUAGACACAGCGCAUUCAGAAAUUGAUAAACUACAGGAGAAGUUAGAAAAAUCUGCGGUUGAAGUGAGAAAACUUCAAGUAGACCGCGAGAAGUCGGCAUAUGAUUUCGAAUCUCUGCAGUCUCAGCUUGACAAGGCUUUGGGGCAGGCAGCGCGCUUGCAGAAGGAGAGGGACACGGCACAACUCGACGCUGACAGAUUCAGAGAUAAGAAUGAUAAGGCACAGGCAUUGAUAUCCCGUAUACAAAAGGAGAGAGACAACGCACUCGCCGAAGCUGCAAGUUGCAGAGAAAGGGCAGAAGCAGCCGCCGCUGCUGCGAAUAGAGCAGCAAGAGAUAGAGAUAGUGCCGCCACCGAGCUAGACGUGCUGAGAGAGAGAUGGGAGAAGGCCCAUCAGCAACAUCAGAAACUUACUAUGGAAAGAGACGACGCUGUUACAGAAUUAGAAAUACUCAAAGAAAAACUCGAAAAAUCUCUCUAUACGAAUUCAAAGACUAUUGAAGAGAAGGAGACUGCGCACAAAGAAUAUGAAAAAAUGCUUGAGAAAUCGCAAAAUGAAAUAUAUCGGCUACAAAAUAAGAUAGACAUUCUAGAAGCGGAUAAAGAUAGAAUUGAACUUGAACUAGAAAAGCAAGUCCAUUUAGCAACUAAGGCAAGGGAAGAUCAAAGAAAAAUGCAAGAUGAAUUGUCAAGAGUACAGGAAAUGUAUGAUAGAGCCUCUUUACAGCUGGGUAGAACCAAAGAACAGGAAGAAAAAGCUAAAGAAGAUAUGGAUAGGUUAAGUGUUGACAUCGAAAUGGUUCGGGAUAGAUAUGAGAAGAGUCAAAUUGAAUUGAGAAGGCUGCAAGCAGAGAAAGAAAAACUAAUUGCUGACGGUGAACGUUUACAGUUUGAAUACGAUAGAGCUAUGACUCAAUGUGGUAAAGCACAGGCUUCAAACGAAAAGACUCAGGAAGAAAUGGCACGGGUACAAAUAGAACUUGAAAAAAUGUAUGACAAACACGAUAAAGUUUCAGCAGAGUUAAGGCGAGUUCAAGCAGAAUUGGAUAAAGUUAAAGCGGAUGCUUCGGGAGCACGGGAAGAGGCCGAGCGAUAUGCGGCGCGGUAUGGAAAAUAUCAUGAUACUAAAGAAGAACAUGAAAGGACGAAAUUGGAAGUAGAAAGACUGCGGACAAGAUUGGAGAAGACUUCACUUGAACUGGAGCGGGCACGAAAGGCAGAAGAAGAAGUCACACGUCUACGAUCAGAACUCGAACGCGUCGAAGGCCUACGAGGUAAAUACCAAUUUGAACAGGAUAAAUGGAGUACAGAGUUAAAUCGUAUGCAAACGGAACUUGAGAAGCAGCGAGAAAGAUUUGAGGCUUCUCAAAAUGAAAUUCAACGCUUACAAAGUGAAAAAGAGCAGGCCGAAACUAAAUUGCACGAAUUGAAUAUUCAGUUAGAAUUAUCUAAGAAUGAAGUUACGAAACUUUCAACGUCAAUGGAAAAGCAAAGAACAGAUUUAGAAAGAGCUCAUAUUGAAUGUGAGAAGUUUAGGGAUAGGUGUGAGAAAUUAAAGUUACGUUCGGAUCAGUUAGAAAAAGAUAAUGAAAGGCUUAAAGGAGAACUUCAGCAAAUUGAAAGGAUGAAAUUGCAGGCUGUUGCAGGGGACAAGGCUAGGACUGAAGAUAGGUUAGAAAUAGAGCGUCUCCGGGAUAAGUUAGAAAAGGCAAUCCAAGCAAGAGACAAUACUGAAAUGGAAGCAGGGCGAUUGGCAAAGGAACUGGAGAAAUCACAUGUGCAUCUUGCUAAAUACCAGGAAACCAAUGAAACCACGCGAGUAGAAUACGAUCGAAUGACCAAUGAAUUAGGACGAAUGCACGAGCGCUUGGAACGAACUAUUUUGGAAAUGCGUCAGAUAGAACAGGAGAGAGAUGCUUUGAGGGUAGAAAUACAAAACAUGAGACGAAAUGUAGAGCAGCAACAGCGUACUUUAGAUCAUCGCACACAAGAAACCUUGGUUAAAUUGCAACAAGAACUUGCACAAUCGGUCAGAGAUCGAGAAAAAAUGGCGUCCAUAUUAGAGCAAAGAGAUAAGCAAGCGGAUGCAAUUGAAAAGCAGAUAGUCAAACUCGAAGCUGACACAAAACAACUGACUAUUGAGCGUGACCAACUAGUGGCUCAGUUGGAAAAGUCUCAAGACAUGCUUGUUAAUUUCCAGAGAGAGUUGAACUCUUCUGAGACUGAACUGCAGAAACAGCGAGAAGAAGUGAGGCGUUUAAAGGAGGAGCAGAGGAAAAUCACUCAAGAUUCCGAACGCGGCACCAAAUCGGUUAUUGAAAAUCGUGACCGUGAGAUUGCAAAACUGCAACAGCAGGUGCAAUCUACAGCAAAAGAAAGAGAUGCAUUCAGACAACGAGCAGAAAAGUCUGAAAAGGAGGCGCAAAAAGUCGGAGAGAUCGAUAAAUGGAAAGCGGCAGUUGAAGCGGAGAAGACGAAAGCAAUUGCAGCGGAAAAAGCAUUGUCUGAAUGCCAACAGCGCUUGCAUUCAUUGGAAAAACAAUUCCAGACUCAGCAACAGCAUUUGCAGCAGCUACAAGCGCGGGGUUCAACAGAAGUACAGAAGCAGCUUGAAGCGGCUCAAGCGGAGGCGCGAUCACUCGCUGUGGAGAGAGAACGUUGCCAGUCGCAGCUGGAGAUGCUCGUUCAGGAGUUGGAGAAGAGCCAGCUCGAUCUCCGAGAAGCGAACAAGAAACUUCAAGCUGGGCAGAGCGCCAAAGCUGGGGAAGAUACGGCUCAGGCUAAGAAACAGCUGCAAGAAGAAUAUAAGAAGUUAGAAGACGCCAGAAAGCAGUUUGAAGAUAAUAGAAGAGCGGUUGAUAAUAAGCGUAAAGACGUCGAAGAAAAGGAGAAGUCACUGAUGGAGUUAGAUCGACAGUUGAAGAAGAGAAAAGAACAAAUGGACCAAAUGGAGGCAUCUUUGAGAAAGGCUGGGGGAAGUACAGCAGCGGUAACAGAAAUGAAUCGCAAACUGACAGACACGCAGAAAGAGGCUGAUGAAGUGAAGAAGCAACUAAAUCAGAGCCAGGAAGAGUCUAAGCGACUUGCGACAGAGACGGAGCGCCUGUUGCAGCUUGUGCAGAUGUCGCAGGAAGAACAGGCGCAGAAAGAGAAGCAGAUAAUGGAAUUGCAGCAGUCUGUCAGAAACCUUCAAGCCAAACUAAAAAGCCAGCAACAAGCACAAGCACAAAAAGAAGAGGAGCUAAAUAGAGCAAGGCAAAGUGAAAUAGCUGCAAUAAAAGAUCUAACAGACACACUAAAAGAAAGGGAUAGACUUAAAAGAAAAUUGGAAGAAAACAAAAUGAAAUUGAUAGAUUUUGAAAUUGAAUUGAAUGAAUCUUCGCUUAUAUUGUCUGAAGUUUUGAAAAUCUCGGAUAGUCAAGAGUUGAAUAAUAUAAAAAAGACUAAGAGUUUCUUUGAGCUUCAGAAAAGUGGUAAGGUAGUAGAUAGAUUGGAUAAGUGCAGAUUCACAAGAAGUUACAAUGAUUUACUCAACUUAAGUGAUAAAAACAACCAAAGUAAUAUUUACAAGCUAACUAGGAAAAUUACAGCGCUGACCAAAGAAAUAGAGAUUAAAAAUUCUAAGAUCAUCGAGCAACAGAAAUGUAUUUCUAUAUUAGAAGACGCAUUGAGAGAGAACAAUAACAUAGCAGAAUUUGAGCAACUUCUAACGGUUAUAAGAAGUAAAGACGAACGUAUCAACGAUUUGGAAGAAAUAAUAAAUAACAAAUCGAGUAAAGGGAACCAUUUUAAUAGAGAUAAACGGAUUUUAGAGUUAGAGGAAGCGUUGAAAGAGUCCUUUAUGAUAGCCGCCGAGAGGGAGAAAGUGUUUUAUGAAGAAGAGAAAAAGAGGAUUGAAAAUCUGAAGAAGAUGGAAAAAAUGCAACAAAGAUUACAUUCACUGCAAAACGCAUCUGCACUGAACUGCAAUACUUGUUCAGCAGCGUUGAAGUGUUCGAAAAAUUUGGAGGUAAAAUUGAACAGCUGUCAGUUGAAACGAGAUAAAAUACUGCAACACUUUUCAUAUGUCAUACAAGAUCUUCUCGAGAAAGCUAUAACAGAAAAAGAUGUUCGAAUAGCUGAACUUGAAGUUAAAGGUGUAUUAGAUGAAAAGGAAACAAAAAUAUACGAUGUCUUGAAGGCUGACAGAGUUAGAAUGCUCAAUCGUUUAAGGGACGAGAACGCAAAGAUCCUAGAAUUUGGACAGGAGACACCAGAACAGCUACAGGUCGACUCACUACCGCUCACAUAUGCCGACGAACUCCUAACUGUUUGCAAUGAGAAUGUAAUUAUUUGGGAGGAGGAUCUACAAGCUACCGUCCUGUGACAACAAAGAUAAGUUUUACUGUUGUGGCCUAACAUAUAGCACACCAUCUCAUCUGCUACCUUACUCAUCAUCCGCUUAUCAUCUGCCUAUCCCAAAUGUAUACUAAUAUCUGCCAAACGAAUUUCUGUAUGGUCUGGUAUUUUAGUGAUUUUGGUGGCAAUACGUUAUUUUGUAAAUAAACAUCCAUGUUCUUUUUCGUUUUAUCUUUUAUUUUCCACACGAACCUCUCAACGUACUAAUAUAUUUUAUAUAUCGAUGGAUAUAACAAGAUUAUAUUUUAAUUAUAAUGUACUUGUUAAAAUUAUUAUGUACAUGUUAAGCAAUAAUCUCAUUUCUAAUUAGAUAAAUAAUUAUUGGUUUCUAUUUUUAUCUAGUAAAAAUAUUCAUUGUCCAUAAGUUCUAACAAGUUAUACCAACAUAUUGUUAUUAUAAGCACCAAAGAAUUUCGUAAUUAUUAUUUGUAAAUACAACUCGUAUGCUAUGUCUUAAAGUUGUUAACCCUUUGAUUUAAAAAUACAUAUCAAGCACAAAACUAUGGCCUGUUUGCAUAUCAUAUCACUUGGGAUUGAAAGCACUGGCUUGUAAAAGGAUUUUCUUUAAAGCUGACAGCUAGAGCUUAGACACGUCCGUGUUCGAUGAGCGCUGACGUAAAAGUGACCUAUUUUGCGAAGUUGAAUAUUGACUGAAAAAUCUUGACAGUUAUUUAAGAAUACCCACGGUUUAUAAGCUUUUAUAUAGUCAGAAUAUCUUGCAAGUGUGAAGGCUUUUGUAUCCAAAUAAUUUAUUUAUGUAUGAAUGAAAGUUACAAUUUGUUAUAUGUGUGUUAAUUUAUCAAAUUUUUAUCUAAUGUUCCAAACCCAGUAUUAUGUUACAAAAUGAGGCAAUGGUCAGGUUCAGAAAACUAUUUAAAUUUGUUUUUUAUAUGUUUACGGGUCCAAAAUGGCCGUUGUCCUUUCUGUAUUCUUGUUAGAUUAAGACUUCUGUACAAUCAAAGGUUUUUUGACAGCGCUAAAAUGUAGAGUAUCUGUGGUAGAUGGUUUAAAGCUGCGAAGCGUUGUUGAUAUUUUUUGUAUUGGCCAUAUUUACAUUGGCUGAAUAACGUUAUUCUUUUGCCUAUAAAAAAGCAAUAUCUAUGUUAUGAAAUAAGAUUAUAAAAUUUAAAUUUAGUAUAUUUUAACUUAACAAAUUCUGAUAUUCAAAAUACUCUCCAAAAAUAUUUAAUUACGUACUUAGUAUUACGAAUAUGAAAAUCUCAACACGGCUUUGCAGCUAAAAUAUUGUUUAUAAUGUGUAGGUGAAUUGUAUGAUCACAAUUAAUUGUUAUUGGUCGAUAUUGUUUCACUGUAUUGGAAUGCUGGAAGUAUUAAAGGUACAUGUUCUUUGAAAUAUAAUAUCUUCAUAUAAUAUUA